AUCUUCACAGGCUGUUAAAUAACUAUGUCUAUAUUCUCCACCUCAGUUAUUUGAGUGGACUGUGAACUCUCUGUUGCUGAACCUGAGAAACUCCAGUCCUGUUGCGUCACUCAUCUCUUCAUCCUGCCUGUUUUUCUGAAGAUGAUGACCUAAAACUCGUUACGACAUCAACACUUUACUAGAGUCGAACUGUCCCCAGAUAUGGCCUCGCUGCGCGGAGGAGGAGGAUGAGGAGGAGGAGGGGGAUGAGGAGGAGGAGGGGGCUGGUCCGUCGCUGUGCCAGGACCCUUCUCGUUCCACACCUCUGGAGACACGUCGGCUCAUCAACACGCGUCCAACUCCUCUGCGUCGUCUCCUUUGACCGGCCCUCGGCUGUGUCCGCCUCCCCGGGCCGUGCUGGGUCUCCGAGGUGGGAGAGGUCGCGGCCCACGGACCGGCCCCGUGCGCAGCCGCCAGAGAGGCGCGUGUCGGCCGCCGCGUGCGAGCAGAUGCUGGGCGACAUGAAGGUGGAGGAGGGUGUGCGGGCCGACGCAGGUUCCCUGGAUCUUGUCCUCAGCGGGGCCUCGGAGCGGGCCGUGUGCGCGGGCUGCACGCGGAUGAUCUCGGACCGCUUCGUGAUGCGCGUCGCCGACGCGUCGUGGCACGAGGGGUGCCUGCGGUGCGCCGCGUGCCAGCGGCCGCUCCGCGCCACCUGCUACUCCAGAGACACCAGACUGUUCUGCAGGAGCGACUACCACCAGUUGUUCGCUACCAAGUGCAGCAGCUGUCUGCAGAAGAUAGCGCCCUCAGAGUUUGUAAUGCGAGCUCUGGAGAGGGUUUACCACCUCAGCUGCUUCUACUGCUGUGUCUGUGAGCGCCAGUUGUGCCAAGGGGACAAAUUUGUUCUGAAAGAAGGUCAGCUGCUGUGCAAGAGCGACUAUGAGCGGGAGAAGAUCCUGCUCGGCACAGUCAGUCCGAACUCAGAUAAGAGUGAGGAUGAGGAUGUGAAGUCAGAGAAAUGUCCUGCAGCAGGCAACGGCAGCAACGACAGCAAAGACCCUCGUCGGCCCAAACGGCCACGCACCAUCCUCAGCACCCAGCAGAGGAGGGCCUUCAAGGCCUCCUUUGAGGUCUCCUCAAAACCCUGCAGAAAGGUGAGAGAGACCCUGGCCGCAGAGACGGGACUAAGUGUUCGUGUGGUCCAGGUCUGGUUCCAGAACCAGCGAGCAAAGAUGAAGAAGAUAGCGCGCAGACAGCAGCAGCAACAGCAGGAGCUGCACAACGGCCAGAGGCGAGGCCAAGAGGUGACACCAGGUUGUGUGGGACGCCUGCUCAGCUCCUCCUCAGGGCCUCUACCUCCAGUCCAGCGGCAGCAGCACGUGGUUGCCACUGACCCCUUCCAGCAGGGCCCGAACCCCUACGGUACUGACUCCUUUGUGCACAACUUUGACAGUGACACCUCUCUGGCGAGUCCAAGCGAUUGCUUCCUGACCGCUACAGAUGUGGGCUUGUUGCAGGCUCGGGCGGGGAACCCCAUCGACCGCCUGUACUCAAUGCAGACUUCCUACUUUGCCUCGUGAGAUGCUGGCGUUACCGUCAGUCCAACAUCACCCACCGCGCCAUCUUCCUCGAAGGUCGUCCCGCCAAAUAUCAAUCAGUAGACUAGGGAAAAUUACCGCAGGACAGCAUCCACCUGAUAUACCUGACUGACUUCCACCUGCCAGGAAAGACCAAACUUGAUACUGAAAUGUGAUUGGUCCACGUACCCUGCCACUGUUGUUCCAGGGAUUUGAGCAGAGGAUCUGGUCGUAUGUUGGAGGGACAUCUGUCAGCAUUCGGACAAAUAUCACAGUGGAAGUGUUUGUGUCACGAAAUCAUUGGGGUGCACGCCUCUCAGUACGUCCGUCAUAAAUGUUGUAAGUUGCUUUUUUGUUUUUGUUUGUGAAUAUUGUUCUUCAGAAACAUCCAGCUUUGCAUGUUAAGAUGGACAGACAUUUAUUUAUUUCCCACCAAUGUGCUGGUAUGCAAUAAAUCAUACAGUUCUAUUUAAAAAGACAGUGAUCUCUUUGUAAUGUACAACACACACAUCCUAAUCCACUGAUUACUUUGAUUGUGAUAUUUAUCAUAGAAAUUAUGUUAUUUUAAUGAGUGUGUAAACUAGUAUCAAUUUACUAUUUAUUUUUUGAAUUGAUUUUAUUUUCUAACUUAACAAAUGUGUUUCAGAUUAAA